AAUGCUCUUUUAGCAUAACCAACAAUGCGUCCCAUUUUAAUCGCGACGAUUUUACUGUCGAUUGCAGCGGCUUAUUAUAUUUAUAUACCUCUUCCUACCACUAUAACGGAGCCAUGGAAACUCAUGUACACAGAUGCAAUGAUACGAUCGUCUAUGCAGUUGAGUUUUUUGGCACACGACUUCGGGCUGACUUCACCUUUUGGCUUUUUGAAAUAUUUCUCGUCUCUUAUGGAUGUAAAAAGUAACCUGUCCUGUUCAAACGUCCGGAUCACAGAAGCUUCUUUUGGAGGAGUGGAAGCGCUGGUGUUUGAGUCCACUGCACAGGAGAAGAGUCUGAAAAGAGGCGUGGUUUAUUUACAUGGAGGAGGAUGGACAGUCGGAAGUGCAAAAAUGGAGGCGUAUUAUCUUCAGUGCAUGGAGAUGGCUAAACAGCUAGAUGCAGUCGUGCUGUCUGUUGAGUACAGACUUGCCCCGGAUGGACGUUUCCCAGAUCAGUAUAAUGAUGUUUUUCAGGCCGCAAAACACAUCCUGACAGCCGAGGUGUUGAGUCGCUACUCUAUAGACCCCAAACGUGUGGCAGUGUCAGGUGACAGCGCUGGUGGAAACCUUGCCGCUGCUGUGGCGCAACAGAUGGCUGUGGACAGCAGCGUCCCUAUUAAAUUCAAACUUCAGGCUCUGAUUUACCCUGUGCUUCAGGGUCUAGACUUCAACACACCGUCAUACCAGCAGAACGCCUUCACACCUAUUCUAUAUAGACCCCUCAUGGCCCGCUUUUGGCUGGAGUACCUAAACGGUGAACAGAUUCUUCUUCCCACUAUGCUAGCAAACAUCCAAUCAGCUCAGGAUCAAGGCCCAAAGAUAGAAGCUGCCAGGGCUAAGAUCGACUGGACUCUGCUUCUUCCGGUAGCCUUUCAGAAGAGCUAUAAACCUGUGUCUCCUCUUCACGGAGACCCGAAGCUGCUGGAGAAGCUGCCAGGCCUGCUGGACGUGAGAGCGGCUCCUUUACUGGCCGAAAGUGAAGUGCUGAAGGCCGUUCCUCCUGCUUAUAUUAUGACCUGCGAACAUGACGUGCUGAGAGAUGAUGGGCUGAUGUACGCCACACGACUGCAGCAAGCCGGAGUUCACGUCUAUCUCGACCACUAUGAAGAUGGUUUUCAUGGCUGCCUCAGUUUUGGUUUCGGACCCUUAAGUUUUGAGGUCGGAAGGCGAAGCUUUGGGAACUACAUUCAAUGGCUGAAGGACAACCUCUGAAUUUGAUUCAGAGUAAAUGUCUUUGCGAAAACAGUUGAAGUCAAAAUUAUUAGCCCAAAUGAUGUUUAACAGAGCAAGAAAUUUUUCACAGUAUUUGCGAUAAUAUUUUUUCUUCUCAAGAAAGUCUUUUUUGUUUUAUUUUGGGUAUAAAAUGAAAGCAUUUUAAGGUCAAUGUUUUUAAGCAUUCUUAAUUCUACAGAACAAACCAUUAUUACUGACUUGCCUAAUUACUUUAACUAGAUGUAUUAACCUAGUUAAGCCUUUAAAUGUCACUUUAAGAUGAAGUAGUAUGUUGAAGAAAAAUAUCAAGUAAAAUAUUAUGUACUGUCAUCAUGGCAAAGAUAAAAGAAAUCAGUUAUUAGAAAUGAGUUAAUAAAAUUAUUAUCUUUAAAAAUGUUGAAAAAUCUUUCCGUUACACAGAUAUUGGGGGAAAAUAAACAGGGGGCUAACAAUUCUGAUAUCAACUGUAUUUGUAAAAUAUAUUUUAAUAUAGAUUUUUAUAUGAAAAACUGAAAUGCUGGUGUAUUGAUGAAUGAGUUGUUUUGUUAUAUUUAAUAAAAGGGAUUUAUUAUAAAGGUUCGUUUUGUUUGAAGUUAAAA